AUGACAUCUUCGUCAUCCUCAUCUCGGGAAUAUCGUCGGGCUGUAGAGGAGGAGAGGCAAGAAGAGUUGGCGCGCAUUGGGCAGCAGGCCGGCAACGUUCAGAAAAGGAAGUCCGCCGAUAAGUUGACUCCGAGUGAGCUGGAGAAGCGUAGAGUAGAGCGGAAGCACAAGGCUGAGAAGGCGUACAUGUAG